UGUGUUGUGAAGCGCACGUAUCGUGUGUUUUCCCACAGUCCGUGAAUGCAGGAGGAGGGCGUGGCCAAUUUGACACAAGCAGGAAGGUGUUCAAGUGACCGGUCGCUCGCAGGUUGCAACAUUCACUCCGCAGCAGCAACAGGAAGCAGCCACAGAAACACACGGUUGAAUCGUCGCUCACCUGAACAGAGUCGGACUGCUGUGCUGAGGGAGUGCUGAGCAGAAGUCACUCGACUCGUCCCACCACCUGCAGGCCUGGGAGGGGCUGACGCAGCCGACUUGUCUAACCAUGGGGUGGCGCUCUCCUCAUCUUCCUCUCCUCCUUUUCCCUCUCCUCACCCUCCUGGUCAGAGGAGUGAUGAACUCAGGAUUCAGGAUCUGUGCCUACAACGUGCAGAAGUUCAACAUGGAUAAAGCAUCCAACCACAGAGUGUUGCACACUUUGACCCGGGUUGUGGCUCGUUGUGAUAUCACUCUCCUGCAGGAAGUGAUUGACUCUGAUGGUAAAGUCAUCAACACUUUGCUGACUUUGCUCAACAGGGGAGCUGAAAGGUAUGAAGACUACAGCUACCAGUCAGUAUCCAGCAAGGCUCUGGGAAACUCUCCCAGCGACAUGCAGCAGUACGUUUUCAUCUUCAGGACAGAGACGGCGAAUGUGACAGACCAGCAUCAGUACGAGAGGAAACAGUCCUUUGUCAGAGAGCCCUUCGCCAUUCAUGUCCAGAGCGAGAAAACCGAGAUCAAGACGUUUGUUCUGGUCGCUCUGCACACUGAGCCCAGUCAGGCUGUCCAGGAGAUCGACCGGCUCUACGACGUCUUCGAGGAAGUCAGCAACAAAUGGAACAACUCGAAUGUGAUGUUCCUGGGUGAUUUUCACGCCAGCUGUGCCUACGUGACCCGAGUGGACAAGAAAAACAUCAGACUGUUCACCGAUUCCAGAUUCUCCUGGCUGAUCGGAGACAAAGUGGACACCACCGUCUCCGACCAGACCACCUGUGCUUAUGACAGGAUUGUGGUAUAUGGACAGCCCUUCCUGAAGGCGAUCAGACCGUUCUCUGCUAAAGUCUUCAACAUCCGCAGAGAGUUCAAACUCUCAAAAUCCAAGGUGUUGGAGUUAAGUGACCACCUGCCUGUGGAGGUGAAACUGAAGGGCUCCGCCCACCUCCUUCAGGCCACGCCUCUUCCAGUCCUCCUCAGUGCCUGUGCGAUGGUCCAGUCUUUCCUGUCCACUCUGUGAUCACGUGCUCGAGUCCGUCAGCCUGAAAUGCAUUCAUUCCAUCUGCUCUGCAGACUCAAAUCACGGAUCCAAAAUCCAAAGCUGUCAAUGAAUGAUCACCCAGCAGUAUACACAGGAGAAAGAAGGACCAAAGUGGCCCUGCCUUUACCAGCAUAAGUCAUGAUUACAUAAUCAUGUUUGAACUGUUCAUUAUGAUUUUUACUUUCUUUACUAAGAUUUUUAAUGCAGGUUGAGCAACGUGGUAGGUUUACACUGUAGCACUGACUGCUUCCUCCGACACGGUCCAUGAUCAGAGUUCAUCUGACUGAACCGACAGCCAGGCUCAGGAAAAGGAAACAUCACUGCUUCAUUAAGGAAGGAAGGAAGGAAGGAAGCAAGCAAGCAAGCAAGCCAGCCAGCCAGCCAGCCAGCCAGCCAGCCAGGUAGCCUAAAUGAAUGGACUCAGUAAAGUGCCUUAAAAAUAUGUUUGAGGUCUUUAGGUGCCACAUCAUGCAGCUGUUUAAACUGCAGUCAGUUGUGCGUAUUAGUUGUUUAGUUAGGACAACCGAGCGGUAUUUGUGGUUAGCUUGGAUAAAACCGUCUGCCUGAUGGAAGCUCUGACCACACCAGCGUUGAGAUGAAUGUGCAUACUGUGGAUUGACUUUUAAUGACACGUUAGCUGUAACUGGUUGGCUUUUUUAGCAGGUGAAUUGGUGUUCUUCUAUCAUGUUAGAGGUAAUGUUUCCACGCUUACUUCCACUGUCUUCCUGUCUGUUUGAUGCUGUACAGAAACUUAUAUUCAGAACUUUUAUUUUGUUUUCUAUAUUCAGUAAAGUUUUUUUUAAUGUUGGAAUUAAAAUUAUAUAUAUUAACCCUA